GCCGAGGAGGAUCGUGGACGAAGGACUCGGAGGGCGGAAGAGAGGGUGAAAGAGGGACAGUGGCAAAUGCGUUGGUUUAGGCGGUAGUGGUGCGGCUGGUCUUUUAUGGCCUAGGGUGGUUGCACGGAGGGGGGUGGAAGGCACACUCGUCGUUCGGGACCGAUAUCUCGACGAUAUCGAGAUGAGAUUGCUGCCGUUGAUCUCGAUUAUGUGUUUGGCGAGGCGAUGCGCCGAUUGCCGGGCUGUCGAUUCCAACGCCGAGAACUCCUUUGGAAGGCAGGGCCGCAGAUUCAGCGUGGACGAGCUGUUGAAUACGAGAUUCCCCCACGGUAUCAGCGGCGACGUGGACGUGGACGUCUGCAAGGCGGGCGGGUUUCUGGGCGACAUCGCUCUGCCCAACAUCAAAUACGAGACCGAAUGGAGGCAGCAAAAGCUCAACAAGAGUUUCUUGGAGGAGCUCGAGAAAUAUCGGGACGAGGUCCUGAAAGAGGGUCUUCAGGUCGAGGAGGAGGGUCUUACAGAGAUUCUCCAAUUCAAAAAUGGACACGACGCUAACGAGCCGCAUCAGGAGAACGAGGAGAUGGUGGCUUCUCAAGAGAAAUCCGAACCAAUUAUGGUGGACCGGAAUCAAUACAGCAUGGACGGCGAGCUCGAGGGUGGAUUCAGUUUUAACGCGAGGAACGAGGAUGCCAGGCCUGGGGUGAGGGACGAAGGCGUUGAAUUCAGGCUAGAGUCAACGACCCCACCAACGAAGAAGAGGCAUUCCGCUCGAAAACAAGGACGUGAAGCCUCGCAAACGGCGUCGAACGCUACAAAAUCGAUGCAAGCAUUUUUGAGAACGUCUGAAGAGUUGAACGCGUUUCCCACGACCACGGAGGGCACCAAUCAAAUGAGAAAUUUGAACGCGGAAAAUAUCGAGGAAGUGUUCACCAUCCAACCGGAAAGCAGCACGCGGAACACGUCGAAGCAACGUCAUCGUCGUCAUCAUCGUAGGAGAACACCGAAGAGGAGGCAUCGCCGUCGAAAGAUUCCUCUAAUCAGACGAGACUCGGACGACUCCUCGGACGAGGUGGUGUCGUUUCACGAUCGGCAGUUACGCUCGAUCCAGUUCUACGACAUGGAGCACAAAUCGAAACACGCGGCGAAGAAACGCGGCUCGACGAGGCAGAGAUUUUCGAGCAGGGCGAGGAGGGCUGCGACGGCUCGCAAGGAACGGGUAUGGGAUCACGGGGUGAUCCCGUACGAGAUCGAUGGAAAUUUUUCCGGCGCCCACAAAGCUCUGUUCAAACAGGCGAUGAGGCACUGGGAGAAUUUUACUUGCGUUAAAUUCGUUGAAAGGGUCCCCCAGGAGCAUCCUAAUUAUAUACUGUUCACGGAGAGGCCUUGUGGAUGCUGCUCGUUCGUCGGGAAGAGAGGAAACGGGCCACAGGCGAUAAGUAUCGGGAAGAAUUGCGACAAGUUUGGAAUAGUCGUCCACGAGUUGGGCCACGUGGUUGGUUUUUGGCACGAGCAUACCAGACCCGAUCGCGAUCGCCACGUGCAAAUUAUCCGUGACAAUAUCAUGUCCGGUCAGGAGUACAACUUCAACAAACUGACCGAGGACGAGGUGAAUUCUUUAGGUUUGCCCUACGAUUACGACUCCAUCAUGCACUACGCGAAAAACACGUUUUCAAGGGGAACGUAUUUAGAUACGAUCUUACCGAUGGAAGUUCACGGGAAAAAGCGUCCCGAGAUUGGGCAGAGACUUCGACUCAGCGAAGGGGACAUCGCUCAAACGAAUCUUCUUUACAAAUGUUACAAGUGCGGCAGAACGUUUCAAGAAAACAGCGGAAGUUUCGGAUCCCCGACUCAUCCGAACAGCUCGCCACCAUCCGAGGGCGAGAGAUGCGAAUGGAGGAUCACGGCCACUCAUGGCGAACGUAUAGUCCUCAACAUUACGUCACUGGAUAUAUUUAAAAGCAAUUUUUGUCGCAGCGACUAUCUCGAGAUUAGAGACGGAUAUUGGUACAAAAGUAACGUGUUGGGUCGAUACUGCGGAAGCGGUAAAAUCCACGAGCCUGUCGUCUCGACCGGAAGUCGAAUGCUGGUUACAUACGUGACGUCCAACUAUCAGUCGGGUCAUCGUGGUUUCACGGCGUCCUACGAGGCUGUUUGCGGCGGCGAGAUCGAGCUGGAGGACACCGGCCAUUUGGAAUCGCCCAACUACCCGGACGGUUAUCAAUCGAGCAAGGAGUGCGUCUGGAAAUUGUCGGUACCCCAAAACUUCCAAGUGGCGUUGAAGUUUCAAUCGUUCGAGAUCGAGAAUCACGACAAUUGCGUGUACGACUACGUGGAGGUGCGGGACGGUCAUAACGCGGAUUCUCCAUUGAUCGGGGUUUACUGCGGUUACAAGAUACCUCCGGACAUCAAGUCCACGGGCAACAAACUUCUGGUGAAGUUUGUUAGCGAUGGGUCUGUGCAAAAGGCUGGAUUCUCGGCCACGUUCAUGAAAGAAUUCGACGAGUGCGUGUUGAUCGAUCACGGUUGUGAACACAAUUGCAUCAACACUUUGGGCGGAUUCGAAUGUUCCUGUAAACCUGGCUACGAAUUACAUUCCGAUGGGAAACAUUGCGAAGACGCCUGUGGCGGAGUGUUCGAGGACAGCAACGGAACUAUCACGAGUCCCUCGUUUCCGGUAACUUAUCCAGGAAACAAGGAUUGUGUCUGGGAGAUCAUAGCUCCGCCUCAAUACCGUAUCACGCUCAAUUUCACCCAUUUCGAUCUCGAGGGUACCAAUGCUCGUCAACAAGAAUGCGAAUACGACUCCGUGGAAGUGAGCAGCAAACUUGGAGACGAUAUUUUGAGAAAACACGGAGUUUUCUGCGGCUCGAGGUUACCAUCGCUUAUUACCUCGGAGGGCAACUCCAUGAGGGUAACCUUCACGUCUGAUAACAGUAUCCAGAAAACUGGUUUUGCCGCAGUUUUCUUCACCGACAUGGACGAGUGUGCGACCAACAAUGGCGGUUGUCAGCACGAGUGCAGAAACACAAUAGGCUCUUAUCAAUGUUCGUGUCACAACGGAUUUACGCUUCACGAAAAUGGACACGACUGCAAGGAAGGCGGUUGCAAGUACGAAAUUGCCGCACCUAUGGGUACUAUAACGUCACCAAACUAUCCAGAUUAUUAUCCUGGGUUAAAAGAUUGCGUGUGGCAUUUUGUUACCAAGCCGGGUCAUCGUAUUAAAUUAGUUUUCAAAGUUUUCGAGAUGGAAUCCCACCAAGAAUGCAAUUACGACCACAUAGCGAUUUACGAUGGCGAUUCGCCGGAUAGUCACGUUCUCGGCAAAUUCUGCGGUACCAAAGAGCCCCAUCCAAUCUUGGCAACUGGAAAUCAAAUGUACAUGGUAUUUAAGAGCGAUGCUUCCGUCCAGAGGAAAGGUUUCUUUGCAACUCAUAGCACGGCUUGCGGUGGCCACCUGGUUGCAACGAACGAAGUGAGGCAUUUGUACUCCCAUGCGAGGUACGGUGUCCAUAAUUACGACCACAGGACCGAUUGCGACUGGGCAAUCGAGGCGCCACCGGGUAAAAACGUGCAUCUGACGUUUGUCACGUUCCAACUGGAAUCGGAGAGCGAUUGCAAUUACGACUUCGUCGAGGUCUAUUCCGGCCUGGACACGUCCGGCCUCCUCUAUGGACGAUUCUGUGGAAAUAGCAAUACCACCGAUUUUAUUUCGAUAAACGAGGCGUUGCUGGUAAGGUUCAGAACGGACGACACGAUAUCGAAUAAAGGGUUCAUGGCGUUGUUCGUCGCUGUUGACCGUCAGGAUAGCGGCGAGAAUUACGGAGGUUCGGAGGACGAAGACGCGGACGAGGAGACUCUCUGAUCCGUGACAGGCCUCGCCAAUCGAGUAGGCUACGGAUUCCACAUUGGUUCACUGUUGCGGAAUAACGAUCAAGGUGACGAGUAAAUCUCUGGAUUUACUCGUAGAAAAAACAUUUCAAUGGAAUCCAGGACAUAUAGCAAAAAUGUGAAUCUUGCUCGAUCGUCGAGGCCGCGAAUCUUGGUUCUAUUCACGAAUUCGAAACACAAGGUGAAAUGAAUCGAAUAAUUGAAAUAUCGAUCCAUUGGACUUGGAAGAUUUAUAUUCAACGAUUAAAACGGGUGUUAAUCCGAGUGUCUCUCGUGUCAAGGAUAAUUUAUUCCGUCAGCGAUGACGUUAGAUAACGGCUUAACCAUUUGGAUUAGCGAUUUACGAUCCUGAAAUUCGGCCUAGGUUCAGGCCAAUCGUGCCAUUGUAUGUUUAGGUAGAGAGCGCAUUAUAUUGUUAACUAUUAUGAAUUUCGAAUCCAGUGAGAAACGACGAUGGUUUAAAGAGGAAUAAUGGCGAACCAACACAUCUUUUGUGUUGACAAAAGUGAUUUUCUAAUAUUUGAUCGAACAUCAUCUCAUCGGUGUUACGGAAUUAUUCCAAGUAAUCGAUAUCGAUGCGAUAAGAAGGCAAUAAAGAAG